UAUAAUAAUUAAUGUAUGCUUUCUGCAAAAAAUAAAUCAAUCAACUUUAAUGGGUACUUUAAUGGCAAUAUCAAAAAAUAUUUCAUGACAUAUACUUGAUUUAAAUCUCAGCUUAGAAUUGUUUUUUUGAAUAAGCCCAAAAUAGUACCAUGAAACACAAUUGAAUUAAAAUUUAACACAUUUAUUGAAUUUUGGUAACCGACUACACAUCUACUAUACAACACAGUGGUACCCAAGGGUGCCCACUGCCCAUCAAUUAGAACACUGGGGGUAACAAUAUCAUAAAGAAAAACUAAGUAAGUACCAACAAUAUUGUUUUUAUUAAUAACAGGAAAUAGAUAUACAACAUAGAUAAAUCAUAAAUGAUGUACCUAUGUUAUAAUAAUAUUAUGUAAUGUUGUAUAAUAUCAUCAGUAAAAAUAUGUUAUUAGUUACAGUUAAAAAAUAACUAUUAUUUCACAUUCGUCUAGGGGGGUGACAUAACGUGAUCCCUUUACACCACAUAAUGGGAGUACGUCUAGGUUAUACCCACAUUCCCACCUUUUUAAAUUUAAUUUUAAUAUUUAUAUAAGUAAUAUUAAAUAAUAGGAAAAUAGAUAUUGUUUGCAAUAAUAGUUCAAUACCUAGUGCAUAUAGUAACAUUUUAUUUUAUUAUAAAAAUAAACUUUUUUCAAAAAAGCUUUUUAAUAAUAGUUGUUCCUAAUAUUUACUAGAAAGAUCUAUGUAUGCCACCAUAGUGGUUUCAAUAAGAUAACCAAAACAGAUAAUAUGAGAGGAAGAUCGAAAAACACCCAGUGUAAUGCUAAGAUAGAUAUAAAAAUCAAAUUGACAACGAAGGAUACAAAAAAAAAAGAUAAGUUUGUAAAAGAUGGAUUGCCUGCUAUAAUAAAGAUAAAUAAUGAUCACAAUCACAAUAUUAGAUCUGCAGAAGCACUAUCCUUUUUAAAGCCUUCUAAAGAAUGUAGAACACAGUUUGAAAACUAUUUUAAUGAUGGUUUAGGUAUAUCAGAAUCUAUUAAAAUGCAUGAAUCAAAACUUGAAUUAGAAUAUGGUAUUAACUCUGAUGAAUUGGCAAAUGCCACUAUCAAUCCGAAAUACAGGACAAUUCGCCAUUGGUAUGAUGUUUGGAAAGAAAACAAUUUGGGCUCUUCUAAUGAUAUAAGUGUUUUGCAGAAACUUGAAGAGAAGAAAAAGUAUUAUGAAGAAAACGGAAUUAUUGUUAGGUACUCUGAAAAUCCAUUUGCUAUUUUAGUCAUCACCUCUAUAAUGAAAAGAGCUCACCAACUACCAUUUGCCAAAGAUAUCGCUUUUGUAGACAGUACUUCAUCCUGUGACAUUCAAAGUCACUCAGUAACAUUCAUGUUAGCACCAUGUGGUGUUGGAGCAGUUCCGUUAGGUAUAUUCAUAACAAAAGGACAGUCGACUGUUGACUAUAAAGCAGCUUUCACGCUUUUAAAGCAGUCAAUGCCUAAUGGUUUUAAUGCCCAAGGGUUUCCCAAACAAUUUGUUAUUGAUGAUAGUGAGAAGCAAGAGAAGCAGAGAAGCAAGCACUCCAAUCAAUUUGGCCUGAAUCUAAAAUUAAUUUAUGCAGAUUUCACAUACUACAAUCUGUCUGGAGAUGGUUGUGGGAUACGAAUCAUGAUGUACUUAAAGAUGAUAGAAAGAUUUUGUUCAGACUAUUUCAUAGAAUUUUAGUAGCUACAAACUUGCAUAGUGCUG